UUUCACAAAAUCUAAAGGCACAACCUAGAUUCGAGCCAAUGUUUUAAUUACUUGAACAUCUUAUUACGCUAACCUCGUGAAAGUGACAAACUGCCAUGUUUUCAUUUACAUAAAAAAUAACUUUUGUAUCGAAGAUGUGCCUUUGAUUUGACAGCCUGCACCAACGCAAUUUGGCGCGAAACAACAGUUAGCCCAGAUGAUGUGCUUCUGCGCAUGAGUUUAGUUUAGCCGACGUCGCCAUUACAUCGUUUACAAGUGUGAUCGGGGAUUUCUCUGGUUUCCACUAGUUACCACAGUCACCAUGUCAAAUUUGGCUAUCGUAAAAAGUAAUGUAAACAAAAAUUUGCUUUUUGGUAUUAAUUGAAGGUUAGUCAUAAGGUUAGCAGUGUGGUUAGGAUUAGGUUUAAAAUCAGAUUUUAACCAGAAAAUUGUAGAAAUGGGCGGGGUUUAUAGCUUUGUGGCUGUGGUAACUAGUGACGACCGAUUUCUAUUGGAGAGGCAGCUUCUGAAUCACAGAUUUUGCAACCUGUAUACGUUUUUCGCUUUACAGUAGACACUUGAUUGACUGUGUGUUGGCGUUUUUCGUGGUUAUUAGAACGCAAGUAUUACAUUAUGGCUACAUAUCAGGCCAGCACGAGAGAUGUUUAGCAUGUCAUGUUUUAUAUGUUAAUGAAUGCAUUUAUGAACUGCGCUUGCUUACUCUUGUGUAACAACUGUAUUGGCAAUGUUUUGGAUUUGUAUCAUUUUGGUUGAUGACAACAUUCAAAGUUACAAGUGGGAUAUUCAUUUGACACAUGCGUUUGUAAUGUUUCUAUAAAAAAAUGUACUCCAUGUUUAUGUUUGAUAUAUUGCUUAUGUUAUGAUGGCGAGAUAUCAAAUACUUUUCGAUCAACCAAGCUGCAGUUGUACUUUGCAAUGUUGUAGACAUAUUGACAUAUUUGUGAUGAAAAUGUUAAAUUUCUCCAUGAAGUUGUAUUUCAAUGGAGUAAAAUAGAUAAUCCCAAAAUGAGAACUUUUCAACCAUCAGAAUAUAAUAGAGAGACCCAAGUACAGUUGUCAAAUAACUGGUGUUUAGCUACAAUUUGUAUCUGGUGAAAUAGACCACUGCAAAAUCAGCCUACCUAAAGUUCAGUGACAUGGGCUCCUUCAGGGGGAUGGCUCAUAGUGCCAUAAGCCAGCGUCUGGUCGCCUGCCUCCUCAAUGUCUCAGAAGCCCGCAAGAAGGAAUUGGUGGAAACAGUGGCCAGGGCAGCUGUAUUUGACAGUAAUGGCGGACGGCGAGAAGGGACAACAGUGCUCAACAUCUUUAAUGACCUAGACUACAACCGGUCUGUCAUCACCAUCGUGGCCAGUAUUGACUGCAUCAAGGAGGCAGUGCUGUCUGCGUGUGAGCAGGCCUGUCGACUGAUUGACAUGAGUGCCUAUGCAGGCGGCCACCCAACGAUGGGCGCUGUGGACCUGGUGCCCCUCUACCCUCUGGGAGAGGAGGUGGGACUGGGGGACUGUGCCAAAGAAGCUAGAGGUUGCAGGAAAAGGAACCGAUUCGAAUCGGAUAUGCACGCAUUUUGGACGGUGGCUGCUGGGCUGACUGAACGGGUCAGUGGCACCAGUGCUUUCUUCUUUGGUUGGGCAGACUCACCCCAGCACCGAGGCCUGGCGCAGAGACGCAAGGAGAUGGGCUGGUUCAGGAAGAAUCCAGACACAGGAGCCAUCCGACCAGACGUGGGGCCCCUGCCACAGAAACGAUAUGGCCUCACAGGCAUCGGAGCUAGUCCCUACGUCAUGAACUGCAACGUCACCAUCGACACCCAGGACCUGGCUCUGGGGCGCAGCAUCGCCAUGUCGAUUAGGGAGUCUACCCCUGGGGGGAUACCGGGGGUGCAAGUGCUGGCCCUGCCACACGAGGGUGCCGUGGAGAUAGCCUGCAAUGUGGAGAGCAUGAAGGGAAACCCUCCUAGCCAGGUUGGGGAGAGGGGCGGGCCGUGGCCCACCUUCAGUAUUGGUGGGCAGCUAUACUGCCACGCCCCGGCAUCUCUUAUCACAGCCAGGGUGGCAGAGCUGGCAGGACGGCAGGGGGUGGCCACUAAGGGCACGGCGCUGGUGGGGUUCACGCCCCAUGAGUGCAGAGGCCUGGCAGAGAGAGCUUUGUCAUUGGGCAUCGCUGAGUUCUGGAAAGAACUGCGCAGGUUACACAUGUAACCUUCCAAACUUUACUACAAAACCUCAACGUUUUGUAUUAUUCAGGUUGAUUGAACGAAGAAUGUAAAAGGACAUGCAAGCUGUUAUCGGCAAGGUUUAAAGCAUAUGAAUUGCACAAAUGCACGACUAUUACACAACAGUUUUGAAUCUGUGGGCUCUGGAUUUGAUGUAGCACAUCUGAACAAGGAUAUUGUAGAGAUAAUCUUAUUUAGUGUGGUGAUCAUGGUUGAAAACAUCAAUGCCAUAGUCCUUAACUGUGAUCAUCUUAAUAUAAGUACUCAUCAAGACACAAAGAGACAAAUUACCAAUUUAGAGUUGAGGUAAUACUUUUUUGUAAAUCAUUUAACGAUGUCAGUGGGAUACUUACACAAUUUAUUUUGUUAAGCGUGCAUAUCUCAAGUCAGAAUAACACUGAAAGUGCUGCAAAAUGUUGCAAUUUAUUGUUCUAUUUAACAGGUUAAUCCUUCUUUAUUUGACUUCUACUAAUUUAUAAAGAAUAAACAUGACUUUACUAUAA